AUGCGAAUUAAAAUCGAUUCAACUGCGGCAGUCUCUUUCAGUCUCGCAAAUACAGCAGUUAGUUCCAUCACCAAUAAGAUGUGGGCCGCAGCAGUUAAUGCACCAUCAAUUAAAGUAAUUCCUAAUAUUCCGAUCGGUGCCAGAUGGGCACAGAAUGGAGUGACCGUUGCUGGAGGCCUUAGAUACGGUAGUGCUACCAAUCAACUCUACUGGCCUUAUGGUCUCUUUGUUGAUGGUGAUCAAACGAUGGUCAUCGCUGAUUGCUACAAUCAUCGCAUCAUCCAAUGGAAGAUGGGUGAUACGAAUGGACGAGUGGUAGCUGGUGGGCAUGGCGAAGGAAAUCGAUUGGAUCAAUUGUAUCGUCCAACCGAUGUGUUGAUCGACAAAGAGACGGAUAGUCUCAUUAUUUGUGAUCGAGGAAAUCAACGAGUCGUACGAUGGUCUCGUCGCAGUGGCACAAUUCAAGGAGAAAUUCUCGUCAACUACAUCGAUUGUUACGGAUUGGCCAUGGAUGAUCAGAGAUAUCUCUACAUCUCUGACAUCGAAAAAAAUGAAGUAAGACGAUAUCAAAUAGGACACAAGAAUGGAACUCUAGUGGCUGGUGGCCAUGGCAAAGGUGCUGAUCUCAAUCAAUUCGACGGACCGAGAUACAUCUUUGUCGAUCAACAACAGACUGUCUACGUGGCAGACUACUACAAUCACCGUGUGAUGAAAUGGAAUAAAGGUGCAAUAGAAGGAAUUGUCGUCGCUGGAGGUCAAGGCCAAGGGAAUGCUUCGACACAAUUGUCGCAUCCUAAAGGACUGUCCGUCGAUACGUUGGGUACCAUCUAUGUGGCAGACUACAAAAAUCAUCGAGUGAUGCGUUGGCCUAAAGGAGCAAAACAGGGUAUUAUCAUGGUGGGUGGAAAUGGUCAAGGAGAAGGAGCAAAUCAGUUCAAUUUUCUCGGUGCCCUGUCCUUCGAUCGACAUGGCAAUCUCUAUGUCGUCGAUUGGGAGAAUCAUCGUGUUCAACGUUUUUCAAUGACAUAA